UAAUUAUAAAAUGUAUUUUUCACGAAAAAUAUAUUUUAUAUUUGUAACAAUUGUUGCUUUAAGUUCGAGUAUAAUAAUUUAUCAGAUAUAUCUAAUUCAAAUUGACAAUAAAUUAUAUUAUUCAGAUAUACCUAUAAUUUUAUGGUGGACACCUUUUGGAAAUGAUGAAAAAUUACGCAAUUGUGAAAAUUAUCAAUGUUAUUUCACAAGUAAUCGAUCCUUUCAAUAUCAUAACCAAGUAAAGAGUUUCCUGUUUUAUGGUAGCAGUUUUCAAAUUAAUGAUUUACCAAAAUGGAAAUCCAAUGAGAUUCCAUGGGGUUUAUUUCAUGAAGAAUCUCCUAGAAAUAAUCCAAUCUUAGUCCAAGAGGAAACUCUGAAUCUUUUUACAUAUUCCUCAACAUUUAGUAGAUUUAGUGAUAUACCUCUUACUCUUGUAGAUCUACCUGGAAUUACAGAAUUAUUAAGUAAAAAAUAUUUUGUAUCGACUAAACAAAAAACUAAAUUAAUGUAUGAAAAGAAUUUAGCACCAUUACUUUAUAUACAAUCUAAUUGUGAUACUUCAAGUAAUAGAGAUAGUUAUGUAGCUGAAUUAAUGAAGUAUAUACAUAUAGAUUCAUAUGGUACAUGUUUAAAUAAUGCUCAAUUUAAUAAAAGAUUAAAGGAAAAUUACCUUGAAAUAUUAAAUAGAGAGGAUUUUCUUUCAUUCAAUGCCAAUUAUAAGUUUACAAUAGCUUUUGAAAAUGCAAUCUGUGACGAUUAUAUCACAGAAAAAUUAUGGAGACCUCUUAUUGUUGGAUCUAUACCUGUAUAUUAUGGAUCACCAUCAUUUAAAGAUUGGCUUCCAAAUAAUAUGUCUGCUAUUUCAAUACUCGAUUUCAAAGAUCCAAUAAGUUUAGCCAAUUUUUUGUAUAAUCUUUCUAAUAAUGAAAUUGAAUAUAAUAAAUAUUUGUCGCAUAAAUUAAUUGAUAAUUAUGAUAUAUAUAAUGAAAGAUUAAAAAAAGCAUUAAAAAAAAAUAAAGAAUGGCUAUCCAAUGAAUUUGGAAAUUAUGUUGAAGAGUUUGAAUGUUAUGUUUGUAAAAAUAUACAUAAAAAAAAAACAAAAAUUGUUGAUAAGAAACAUUAUAAUUGUCCAUUGCCAAAAAAUCCAUUAAAUAAAAUUGAUUAUUCUAAUUCAUGGACGAGACAAUGGAUUUUAGAAAAAUGUAGUGCAAAAAUAUUAAAUUAUUAUCUCCAAAAUAAUCUUACAAUUAAUAUGGAGAAUUUUGAAAAAGAUAAAAUAAAAUUAUAUGAUAGAAAUGAAUGUUAAUCUAAAAAAUUAAAAAUUAUUAUUUUAUAUAUGCAAUAAUAAAUUAUAUAUUUAUAUUUUUAUAAUUAUAUAUUUAUAAUUAUAUAUUUGUGUUUUUCUAUUUUCAUUAUAACUUAUUAAUAAUACAACAAUUCUAUAUUUUCAUAAUAAAAAUAAUAUUUAUAAAAUUAAUAAAAAUUUUU